AUGAUGUUUCGUUGGGGUUCGAAAAGGGAAAAGAGAAAAGAUGAUGACAAUUAUCGAUUACCAGUGUCAAGGUCGAAGCUGAACCCAAAAACUAAAUCAGCCUCUUUUACGUGGAAUGGAUCUCGGGUCAAACGAAUAGCCAAUUGGGCUUUAAUUUCAGUUAUCUGCUUUUUGAUGUUCAAAUUUUUGAGUACGGUGAUAUUAGGUUCCUCAGAAAGUAGUUCUCCUCUACCUAGUAUAUGGACAAAGUCAUACGAUACAAUAACUCUAUCCGAUGAAGCAUACUAUGAUUACGAUUUUGAGAAUAUUGAUCCUGAUGUCAUCAAAAAGUUUGAUAAUGGUGUUACUUACUAUAAGAUUACACAGUUUGGGGAAGAGACCAUGACUUCGGAGGAAACAACGAAGUUUGAACAAGAAGUUUCUAUGCUCUUGGACUCCACUGUGGAAAAAUACGACAUGGAACAAUUCAGAGGUACGACCAACGCUGCAGAGAAUCAAGAACAUGUUCUUCUGUGUGUGCCUCUAAGAGAUGCUGAGAAUGUCUUACCUCUGAUGUUCAAACAUUUGAUGAACAUCACGUACCCACAUGAAUUGAUAGAUCUUGCGUUUUUGGUUAGUGAUUGUUCUGAAGGUGAUCAUACUUUGGAUGCCUUAAUCGCUUAUUCGCGACAAUUGCAAAAUGGUACACUGUCUCAAGUAUUUGCUGAGGUGGAGAUGAGCGAAAAGGAGAGAAAGAAGGGCGGUGAAAAUCUUUAUCUACAGUACAUGGAUCAGGACUAUCUCCAGAGAGUUAAGGACUCAUUUAGUCCACCAUUCCACGAGAAUUAUGAUAAAUCAUUCAGGUCAGUGCAGAUCUUUCAAAAGGACUUUGGGCAGAAGAUAGGUCAAGGGUUCAGUGAUAGGCACGCAGUCAAGGUCCAAGGUCUUAGAAGGAAGUUGAUGGCCAGAGCAAGAAAUUGGUUAACAGCAAACGCACUUAAACCAUACCACUCGUGGGUCUACUGGAGAGAUGCAGAUGUAGAGCUUUGCCCAGGAUCUGUGAUUCAAGAUCUAAUGGCAAAAGACUACGACGUCAUGGUGCCAAAUGUCUGGAGACCUUUACCGGUCUUCCUUGAUGGCCAGCAACCUUACGAUCUGAACUCGUGGAUAGAAUCCAGAGAAGCCUUGGAUUUGGCCAAAACUCUCGAUGAAGAUGACGUUAUAGUUGAAGGAUACGCGGAAUACCCUACAUGGAGAGGUCACCUAGCUUACUUUCGUGAUGCCAAUGGUGAUCCAAAUGAAGUUGUUAAUUUGGAUGGUGUUGGCGGAGUCUCUAUUUUGGCGAGAGCUAGACUCUUCAGGCUCGGAAUUCAUUUCCCAGCAUUCACAUUCGAAAACCAUGCUGAGACUGAGGCUUUUGGAAAGAUGGCAAAGAAGAUGGGAUUCAGAGUGGGCGGCUUACCGCAUUAUACAUUAUGGCACAUUUACGAACCUAGUGAUGAUGACUUGAAAGAAAUUGGAAACAAAGAACGAGAAAAGAGAAGGGAAUGA